CACAUCGGGCAGGACUCUGGGCAGAGGCACAUCGGGCAGGACCCCGGGCAGAGGCACAUCGGGCAGGACCCCGGGCAGAGGCACAUCGGGCUACCAGGCGAAGCGGCAGGCAGCGGGCCACCGGGCGGAGCGGCAGGCACCGGGCCCCCAGGCGGGGCGACAGGCAUCGGGCCCCCAGGCGGAGCGGCGGGCGCCGGACCCCCAGGCGGAACUACAGGCGGAGCGACAGGUCUCGGGCCCUCAGGCGGAGCGGCGGGCGCCGGACCCCCAGGCGGAGCGACAGGUCUCGGGCCCUCAGGCGGAGCGGCGGGCGCCGGACCCCCAGGCGGAGCGACAGGCGGGGCGGCGGGCGCCCGGACCCCCAGGAGGAGCGGCGGGUGCUGGACCCCCAGGAGGAGCGACAGGUCUCGGGCCCCCAGGCGGAGCAGCGGCACCGAGUCACCAGGCACGACAGUGGGCUCUGAGUCAACUGGCAUGACCGCUGGCACUAGGUCAGACAUUGGAUCGUCUGGCUGGACAGCGGGCAUCGGGUCACCAGGCAUCAGGUCAUUUGGCUCGACAGCGGGCACCGUGUCAUCUGGCAAGGCAGUGGGCUCCGAGUCAACUGGUAUGACCGCGGGCACU